UCAAGACAUUAAAAAUUUUUAGAUCUAUUAGUUCAUUAGUUUUAGGUGUGAAUGAAUUAUAUGAUUUAAAAUACACACCUAAUCUAUAAUAACAUUCAUUUUUUUAUUACAGGAGCAUUUCUUAUACCUUAUGUUAUUAUGCUUGUAUUCGGCGGAUUACCUUUGUUUUAUCUCGAACUGGCUCUUGGGCAAUAUUACAGGAACGGCUGCAUCACGAUAUGGGAUAAACUUUGUCCUAUGAUGAAAGGAAUAGGUUAUGCCAUCUGUUUCAUUGACUUGUACAUGGGCAUGUACUAUAACACUAUUAUUGCUUGGGCCUUCUAUUACCUCUUCGCUUCCUUCACUUACGAGCUUCCUUGGACGAGAUGCGAUAACCCGUGGAACACACCCAAUUGCCUCACCCUAGCUGAGAGAAGCCUCAACUCCACAACCGAAUCUAAAAGCCCCGCACAAGAAUAUUUUGAGAGAAGCGUUCUAGAAAUUCACAGAUCAGACGGCAUUCAAAGUAUAGGACCAGUUAAGUGGACAUUAUCUCUCUGCUUAAUGGCAGUCUUCGUCCUCGUCUACUUUUCCUUGUGGAAAGGAGUCAAAAGCUCCGGAAAGGUGGUGUGGUUUACAGCUACUAUGCCUUAUGUGGUGCUCUUUAUCCUGCUGUGUAGAGGAGUUACAUUAGAGGGAUCUUUGGAUGGCAUUAAAUACUACCUCUCUCCAAAAUGGGAAAAGCUUUUAGAAAGUGAUGUGUGGAUUGAUGCUGCAACUCAAAUUUUCUUCUCACUUGGGCCCGGCUUUGGAACACUUCUAGCCUUGUCCAGUUAUAAUAAAUUCCAUAACAACUGUUACAGAGAUGCUAUAUUUACAAGCACUGUGAAUUGCUUGACAAGUUUCUUAGCAGGUUUUGUUAUUUUCUCUGUUCUGGGAUAUAUGGCUCACAUGUUGAAAAAGGACAUAAGUAACGUUGCCACAGACGGUCAAGGGCUGGUAUUUGUAGUAUAUCCGGAGGCUGUGGCAACAAUGACAGGAUCCGUAUUCUGGAGUAUUCUCUUCUUUUUAAUGCUCAUCACUCUCGGAUUAGACAGCACGUUUGGAGGUCUUGAAGCUAUGAUAACAGGUCUGUGUGAUCAAUUUCCAGUCCAUCUACGACGUAACAGAGAAAUGUUCGUCGGCUGUGUUGUUAUUUUCAUCUAUCUUUGCGCACUGCCAACAUGCACUUACGGAGGAUAUUACAUAGUGAAUCUUCUAGAUUCCUACGGAACAGCUAUGUCUGUCUUAUUCAUUGUCUUUGUAGAAGCAGCAGCCGUUUGCUGGAUAUAUGGAGCAGACAGAUUCUCCGAAGAGAUAAAAGAGAUGCUGGGUUUCAGACCUGGUGUUUUCUGGAGGGUCUGUUGGAAAUACAUCAGUCCGAUAUUUAUUUUAUGCAUCUUCAUCUUUGCCAUGGUUCAAUACAAAGACUUGCAGAUCCAAGAUUAUAUAUACCCAAAGUGGUCAAUCUCGGUUGGAUGGCUUCUUACAGCUUCCUCUCUCAGUUGCAUUCCCGGAUAUAUUAUCUAUUACAUCUUAUCGACGCCUGGUACAUAUAUAGAGAGGUUCCGGCGUGGAUUGAACCCAGAAUGCAAUUCGCAAAGGAAGCAGAGCUGCCAGGAACGAAUUCCUAUCAACCCUAAAGCUCUUCUAGCCACUACAGCUUGAAAUCAUCUAACCUGGGGGCAUUUCAUCACAUCUGCCGAAAAAUGUUCCAAAGCUCUAAAUGUUUCCGCCGCUCUUUGCUCAAAAAGCUAUCUUCCUCCUGUUGUGUACGAAAUGGUAAUAUCGGUUCACAAAUAACAACGAAACUGGCUUCAUACUGCAUUUGUGUCAUACAAUUUACAUGUUAUGUUUCCAUUUUACUAAGGACGUCGUCAUUAUCGACAAGAUUUUAUAUUAUUUGUUCGCCUUCCAUCUAGGUCAAUAUGCAUUUGCAGAUAAUAAAUAGUAAACUUGUUCUUGCUAACGUGAUUGAAGUUGUAAAAAUAGUUACAGUUUAAUGUCAUUGAAAUAUUGUCGAAUGUUUUAAAUAUGAAAUAAUACAAUGAUGAAGUCGUGCAUAACUUUCGGUUUACCUGAUCAUUGUUAGUUUUGCAAAUGUAUUUCUGUCACAAGAGGAGCUGGGGCAACUAUAAAUUAGCAUUUUUUUAUUUGUUUGUUUUUAAAGCCAGAAAGCAACUCUUUGUAUAAUGAUUUUGCUAUUGCUUGUCCUGAUAAUUUCACGAUUGCAACAAUUAUAGUUCUUUUAUUAUUUAAGAAAAACUAAAUGAUUCAACAACAAGUACUUAGUAUACGGCUUUAGAAAUAUCUUUUAUUAAUUAUGUGAAUGCUGUUAAUAUUCCUAAAACUUCUUAUUGUAUAUGCAAUAAAAUAAAAGUAUUUGAAAGUAUCACAUCAGUUAGCUAUAUCAUCAAAAAGAAAGUUUCUAUAGGAAAAUAUCCUACUAUAUCUAAUGUAUGGCGUUGGAAGCAUCUUUUAUUACUUGCAUAAAUGUUACAAAUGUUCAUAAUAAUCAAAUCGCUCUAUUAUAAAUCAAAUGUAUUAUCUAAAAUUUUAUCAUUUAGGCAUAUUGUACAGAUUUCAUUUAAAGUACCAAACUAUUAAACAAUUAUGCAUUGAUUGAAUUCGAAAGAUAAAUCAAAGACUUUAUGCAGUGCUGAAAAGCAGUACAUUAACAACCGUUCCUUGCGACUAAUUUCAAAACUACACAGAACAUAAAUUAAAUGGCAGCAUUUGCCGUGUUAAGUGGAUGAUAAAUGCAUUGCAGUCUAACGUCACAUGAUCUAAUUUAACAGUCCAAAAGUGUGGAAAGAUUCAACUAAAAAUAUUUUAGCGUCAGUUAAAUUACGCCAUAGGUAAUAACUGAUUAUCUUCAAGGUUUAGGACAAAGUUGAUAAUCACCGGCCUGGGUUGGCACAGUUAAUUUUUAAGAUGCAUAUAUAUUCCUUCUAAACUGCUUAAUUCUAAAGCUACUAUAGCUAUUAUGUGACAGACCAUUAAAGAACCUGUGCCAUAGAUUCAGCAGCCCUCAGAAAACUGUUUACUGUAUGCCAAGUCAAAUAGAAGAGGAACUGGAGAUAUUAUGUAUCGUGCUGUGCCAGUAUUUGCCAGACCGUAUGGAUUAUAAAUAACCUAAUAGUAUAACGAGAGAUUAUGCUCCAGCUUUUCGAAAGCUUCUGCUAAUGACAUUUCUAGCAUUAGUACAUUGAAGUCGGCAUAAAUAUCCUUUUAAUUAUUCACUCAUUAAUAUAAAAUACUUUAGAAACACAUAUUUAAAAAAUAUAUUCGUUUCGUAUACAUUCGCGACCAAACUGAAUUUUUUAAAAGCUAAGAAUGACCUCUUUACGUAUUCAGAUUACAAACAACACAGAAAAAUCUCUCAGUUUGAUAAUUUACUUCUCAACAAGAAAACAUAACACAGUUUCACUACUGGCUCUACUAUAACUAAAAUCAAUGGAAGGUUUUGAUUUUAAUACUAUUGUCAGAAGUUUAAAACGUUUACUCAUGUUUAACAUAUAAUUACAACACUGAAUAUGUAAAUUACAUGAAGAAAAACGAAUUGAAAAUGUGCUUGAGAGAGUAAUCAUAUGUCAUCCAUCUUGUUGGCAGAAAUCGAGCAGAUUUACAAAGCUUUCAACGUAUACCUACAUAAAAAGCUAAGCAUUAGGAAUUUAUAUAUAUAUAGAGAGAGAGAGAGAAUGGAUUUGAAGUUGUGAAUUAUCAUUAAUCAAGAACAUGCUAGAAAUGUAAUUACAGAUUGUUGAUAACAAUUAUGAAAUGUAAGAUAAAAGGAAAACUGAAGGAACAGGGGAGAGAGGCUUUAACAAUGACAUAAUUACUUUUAAUCAUCUAUUUUAAAUACAGCAUUUCACAAUUUUAUGCACCUGUAUUUUAUUUAAAGAUAAUUUUAAAUAAAUAAAGCUCAUGUUGUAUAUUAAAUAUUUUAGAAACUAAUAACUGUAUUCAGAAACAAAGGUAGUGCCAAAUUUAGUGUGCAGAUUUUAAAGUUUAUUUCGAAUCACAUAUCAGUAAAAGAAAUGUUAACGUGACUGAAUUCAAACUGAACCGAUUUCAAUUUCUUAAAAAAUAUAAUAAUAUUCGUUUGUGCAUCCUGUUUUUCAAUAACAAAUAAAAACUGUUCUAAAAACUAUACUAAUUUAAAAAAUUAUUUCUGGAAAUAGAUAGUGUCUUAAUACUUCUUACAGCCUUUAAUAUCUGGAAAGGGUAAUAUUUUUAAGUCGCAAUUUGAAGUAAAAUAUUAUAAAUCAUCUUAAUGAAAUUCAGCUCAAAAGGUUUCAUGAUUAAAAAAUUACUAUAUUUUGUUGAAAGUGAAUUUAAGUUGUUGCUUGUAUUUUUGGCAUAAAUGUCAGCUUUCAAAUAAUUACACAAAACUAAAUAAUUUUAUCUUUUUAAACCCUUUUUCCAUACCACACUUAUAGUGACUUGUUACAGAAAUAAAAAAGUAAUACAAAGUGAUAAAUAAUACUUUCGUUAAACGUGUCCCAUUUUUCUCAUUCAAGUUUUUUGAAGCUAAGUGCGCUUUGUAUGUAGUAUGUACAUAUCAAUGUAUAUAUAUAUAAUUCAGUGUAAGAAUGUACCUAGAUUAUGUUUCAUUUCCUCCAGUAGUAUUCAUGUUACAUAACGUGUAAUUUAGUAGUUUUUAGUAGUUGGGUUAUAGCUGCGAUUUUCGGGGCUUAGCUCACAAUGCUCUAAAGGCCCUAAAACUGCCAGGUCAUAUUCUCAUCGUUUUCUAAGAAAAUAUUUAUUUAUUAUUUAUUUUGAAAUUGUUGUUCGACUAUUUAUAGUUAGUUAAAUAUACGAAUCUGUAUAAUGAUUAGUAAUUCAACUUAUGAAUUUAUUCAUCUAUAAAACAAAAUACUAGUUUUGAUUUUAUUUUUAUAAACUGUAAAAUGUUCAUAAUGUAUUUGCAAGUAUGUUGAUUAAUAACUAACAAAGUAAGAUGAAUUUAGCAAUAACUAAAAUUACGCAACAAAUAAUAUUGGUUAACUUUUUUUUAUUUAAAUUUGCUUUUUUUAUUCAUUUAUUUUUAAUUGAUUGUUGAAU